CUCCUCCGUUUCCUUCGUGGUGGCUUAUCGUUCGGCAUCAGGACAGAAGCCUCGCGGAGUCGAGAGGGCGAGAACGGCGCUGCGCUGCGCUGGUAAAUCAUUCGCCGGGCGGCGGCGACGACGAGAUCGAGGCCGGGCUCCCGUUCGGCUCUUCGUCUUGCUACGUGGACCUCGAACGCGUGCGCCUACACGGAGCGCCGCCUCUCUCACCGAGUCACCGUCAACGACGCAGCAGUUGCAAGGGCGCCGGCACCUAUCUCUCCGUCACCUCCGGGCUCAACUCCGUCGAAUCUACAGCAUCCCCUGCCCCUCCGCAUCCUCCGCCAUCAAAGUCAGUCACUCAGGUCGGGUUCGACAACGAGAUUGAGGAAACUAUAACUGCUAGGAAAGGAAACUGUGCGGUUGAGUUGAUUCAAUAUUUGUAAGGUUUAGGACUGAUCUACAAUAUUUUCAGGACUCAAUUGAAAGCUUACUUUGUAGGUUUUCUACUAUAUUUUUUAGUGGUUCUGGCUUUCUUGACACAAUGGUGAAGCUGACCAUGAUAGCGCGUGUCACUGAUGGCCUUCCACUGGCAGAAGGGUUGGAUGAUGGGCGAGAUCAGAAGGAUGCUGAUUUCUACAAGCAGCAAGCUAAACUUAUUUUUAAGAACUUGUCAAAAGGGCAUCACGAAGCUUCCCGGAUGUCAAUUGAGACAGGGGCCUACUUUUUCCACUACAUCAUUGAAGGCCGAGUAUGUUAUCUGACUAUGUGUGACCGCUCUUAUCCAAAGAAACUUGCAUUCCAGUACCUAGAAGAUCUGAAAAAUGAAUUUGAGAGGGUCAAUGGCAAUCAAAUAGAAACUGCUGCAAGGCCAUAUGCAUUUAUCAAGUUUGAUACAUUCAUCCAGAAGACUAAGAAACUGUAUUUGGAUACAAGAACUCAAAGGAACCUUGCAAAACUGAAUGAUGAGCUCUAUGAGGUGCAUCAAAUUAUGACCCGCAAUGUUCAAGAGGUUCUUGGUGUUGGUGAAAAGCUAGACCAGGUAAGUGAAAUGUCAAGUAGAUUGACAUCUGACACAAGAAUAUACGCAGAUAAGGCAAAGGACCUCAAUCGACAGGCCUUGAUCCGGAAGUAUGCUCCUGUUGCGAUUGUGAUUGGGGUAGUAUUCAUUCUCUUUUGGCUGAAAAACAAGAUAUGGUGAAUGUAACAUACAAAGGAAGCCGUGUGCCCCAUUUGACUGGAGAAGGAUGAAUGGAAUUCUGGUUGGUCGAUUCUGGAUCAAGAGAUGCUUCGGUGACUUGUAUCCCGUAUCUGCCCAUUCAAGCGAGUACUUUAGCUUCCUUUUACUCCUACCUUACAAGCUAUUCAAGUGAAUUCGUUGUAGUAUAGACCUUACUUAUGAGGAACUCGAAUUUUGUGGAUCAGUGGAAUUGGUACAUACAAGAGGUCUGUAGAGUUGACUUUACGGCAUCGGGAUUGUAAUUUUUCAGGUAAAACUAGUAAGGAUUCAGGCUGAUGAACUGUACUCGUGCACAAUUCGCUACUUAAUAUGGAUUUACGAAAUUUUAAUUUCGCUUUUACGGCGCA